AGACGAAGGCGGUGGAGGAAGAAGAAGCCGCCGACGACGAAGAGGAAGAAGAAGAAAACGUCGUGGUUCGACGCUGCUAGAAUAAACCGACUACUACCAAGCACCUUAACGUCAGCCAGGGAAGAAAGAAGCUUUCCCUUGUUGAAACAAGGACUGGAGUGUCGGCUUCAUCCCAGCAUCGUUUGGUGAAGCCGAACAACUCCAUCAACGUUGUCGCCACCACCCAAAAUAUCUACCAAAAUACCUACCCACCCCCCAGUCGGGAUAUAUUUUGGGGGUGGGAGAAAAAGUGAGAGAGUUAGAAAGAGAAAGAUGUGGAUUUCAAUACGUAUCCUUUUGACAAGCAACAACAUCCAUGGCUGAAACCAGCUCCAGGCACGUCCUCUCUGUGGUAACAGCAUUGAACCUCCUUCGACAGCACCAAGUCUGGUCAGGGCACAUUACUACAGAAAAGGUUUUUAGAGCCCUUAUAAAAAGAAAACAAAUCUAAGGGAAGACGUCAUUUAAAAAAGUAUUAAAGUAAAAAUAUAUAUAUAUAUAAAACACCGCGGAAAUUUGGAGAGAUAUGGCACCCACAAGGAGCACAGGACAGUGGCAAGGUGUCCGCCGCCGUCGCCGGGGAGGGACUCUUUAUUACCAUUAUUAUUCUGGCACUGUCGCAGAAGGAGGAUCUUUACUCAGGAAAAGCUUGACACUGGAACCAUUAUUAUUAUAUUCCGUGUUACAUCUGCUUUUAUUCUAUCAAGGGUGUGAAGCUCUUGAUUUAGAAAAAUGUCGUGAUGCAUUAGGUAUGCAGACAAUGGAAAUACCAGAUUCUGCAAUUGUUGCCAGCUCUUCCUAUGAUGAAGAUACUGUGGGACCAAUAAAUGCUCGAAUUCGCACAGAGAAGAAUGGUGGAGCUUGGUGUCCAAAAAAUAUAAUCACUAAGGAUACAUAUGAAUAUUUACAAAUUAACUUAGGAGAAUUAUAUGUCAUUACAGAUGUUGAAACUCAGGGCAGAUUUGGAAAUGGCAAAGGCCAAGAAUAUGCGGAAGCAUAUGUACUGGAGUACCAACGAGAAGACAAUGGACAAUGGUUGCGUUUCCGAGAUAGAGCUGGCGAAGAAGUAUUCCGUGGAAAUCAAAAUACUUAUCGAGCUGAACUGCGUGGAGUUUCACCACCAAUCAUUGCAAAGCGCAUUCGCUUCAUUCCAUAUAGUGAACACCCUCGCACAGUGUGUAUGCGGGUAGAAAUGUAUGGCUGCCAGUGGGCUGAUGCAUUAUUAUCUUACAGCAUGCCUCAAGGUCACCAACGAGGCACUGAGCUAGAACUCUAUGAUUACACAUAUGAUGGAAUGAGAAAAGAUGGUUACCUUUCUGGAGGUGUUGGUCAACUUACUGAUGGUUUACAAGGCAACAGUAACUUCCGCAUGACUGACAGUAAGGGUCUUGGUGUGAAAGGUUAUGACUGGGUGGGCUGGAGAAACAAUUCGGAUAUGUUUAAACCAAUUGAAAUCAUCUUUAAAUUUGAUGGAGUAAGAAACUUUUCUGAGGUGUUUCUCUACUGCAAUAAUGCUUAUAAAAAAUAUGUACGAGUUUUCCGGACUGCUCUGAUUUCUUUUAGUAAUGGAGGCAAAUAUUACAGAGAUGAGAUAAAAUUUUAUUACGUGAAGGACACUAUUGUCGAGUAUGCCAGAGAUAUAAGUAUUGAUCUAAAACACAACAUUGGUAGAUAUAUUAAAAUGCAGUUGUUUUUUGAAGCACGUUGGAUUAUGAUAAGUGAAGUUCGUUUUGAAUCAACAAAACUAGAAGGCAAUUUUUCCGAUGAACUACCACCUUCAACAACACAUUCACAGGCAGUAGAAACUACUACUAGAAGUAUAGAUAUUCUUUUUCCAACAGAAUCAACUCGUGGAGGCAAUGAUCAUGAACAUUCUCGCAAUGAUCGUCAACAUAAACCUCCAAAGGCCAUGGACGAUAGCUAUGUUGGAAUUAUAAUUGGUGCUCUCGCUGCCCUCAUAAUUAUUCUGUUCAUUGUGGCUGUAAUAAUUGUGGUGCGGCAUCGGCGAUCCAAACAUAACAACAACCAGCCUUGUCAGAAACCAGUCGUCCUUGGCGAUAGGCAUGUGACUAUAAACCUUAGCGACCUCAGAGGUGGUUGCACCAAUGGUAAGCUUUCCCAUGGUAACAUGUACAACAGUGUAGCAACAGAUGAUAUGGACUCUGAUCGAGAAAUGUGUGCUGGCAGUGCAGAUAAACUGUGUUCCAAAGGAAGUGGCAGCGGAAAUUACCUGGAACCUAAAGAUAGCAUUCAGGGGAGGAAACUACCUGAUUUGCCUCCCACCCCUGAUUCUUCAGAUUCCCGUGAUUAUGCUGUACCUGACGUGACCAAGUCAUCUUUGACAGUGUCCCUACCACCACGACCUCCACGACCUCCCAAGGGCACACCCAUCAUGGGUAACACACUUGACAAACCUCCCAACUAUGAAGCACUUUAUGCUGCUGCAGAUAUAGUCAAUGUACACGUGCCUAACAUUCCCAGUCUACAGGGGGUUAGUGGCAACAAUAUUUAUGCAGUACCCAAUGCUGACCUACUUCUUAGUAUUGACUACUCUGUGGCAGAAUUUCCUAGAGAUAACCUUAAAUUCAUUGAAGUUCUUGGUGAAGGACAAUUUGGAGAGGUUCAUUUGUGUGAAGCUGCCCGAAUAACCGACUUCUUGGGAGAAGAAUUUGUGGUGACAAGGACAACACCGCGGUCAAUGUUAGUUGCUGUAAAAAUGCUACGUCCCAGUGCUGAUGACAGAGCCAGAGCUGAUUUUCACAAAGAGAUCAAGAUUAUGUCACAGCUUAAAGACCCAAACAUAGUUCGUGUACUUGGAGUCUGCACACAAGAAGAACCAUUAUGUAUGAUUGUCGAAUAUAUGAAAUACGGAGACCUCAAUCAAUUUAUCUUGGAACAUGUCCCUGAAAGUCCUGUGGCUGCUGCAACCAAUGCUAAGACAAUGAGCUAUGGUUGUUUAAUCUUCAUGGCGUCACAGAUUGCAUCAGGAAUGAAAUACCUCGAGUCCCUGAAUAUGGUCCAUCGUGAUCUGGCCACAAGGAAUUGCCUUGUGGGCCACAACUACUGCAUCAAGAUCUCUGACUUUGGCAUGAGCAGGAGUCUUUAUAGUGCAGAUUAUUACAGGAUAGAGGGAAGAGCUGUCUUACCCAUCCGAUGGAUGGCCUGGGAAAGCAUUCUCUUGGGCAAGUUCACGACUAAGAGUGAUGUGUGGUCAUUUGCUGUAACACUGUGGGAAAUAUUAACAUUUGCAAAAGAACAGCCAUAUGAAGCGUUAACUGAUGAACAAGUUAUUGAAAAUGCUGGACAUUAUUACCGAAAUGAUGGACGCCAGGUUUAUCUUCCACAACCGCCCAAUUGCCCAAAGGAAAUUUAUGAUUUAAUGCGUGAGUGCUGGAACCGACAGGAGAGUGAACGUCCGUCAUUUAGGGAAAUUCACAUGUUUCUUCAACGGAAAAAUAUGGGGUAUAACCCAAAGGAUGAAAAAAUGAAUCAAAUAAAAGUGCCCAUCUGCUGAUUUAAAGAAAACUGUACUGUAUAGAGUACAGUCAGACCAAAGAAUCCUGCAAACUCCAGCACUGCCAAAAUGUCCAGAUGCCUGUCUGUCUAAAACUAUAUUGGUUUAUUAUUGACAUCUAUAAAGUGUCACAAUGAUAAAACAUAAACAAGAAACCAAGCUUCAGGACAUUAAGGAGAGAUGUCCCCCAUCCCUACAACCUUUUCUUUGAUGGCCCCCAACGACAAUAUAGGCAGUAUCUUUGUACCUCGAGCUAUCAAUGAAACAUUUUCAAACAGCGAGACUACUAAGAAAUAUAUAUAUACAUAUACAUACAUAUAUAUAUAUAUAUAUAUAUAUAUAUACACACACACAUAUAUAUACGUAUGUGUGUGUAUAUAUAUGUGCGUGUGUAUAUAUAUAUACACACACACACAUACUUAUAUAUGUAUAUAUAUAUAUAUAUAUGUAUAUGUGUAUAUAUAUAUAUAUAUCAAACAAACAUACACACACACACACACACACACACACACAUUUAAAAAAAUUUAAAAAAACAAUUUAUAGAAAAUGGUAAAAAAGAAAAAGAAAAAUUUGCCAUUCAAUAUUGAAUAUGUUCAAUUGCUAAAUUUGCAUAAAAAAAUUAUAAAAAAUAUAACUUAUGGUUGGGCUUAUGGCAAUACAAAAAAAAAAGAUAAAAUAUAAACUAAACCUUACAUUUUCUUCUAACUCCCAAAUUUUCUCCUUCCCCUUUCCCUACCUUCACAUCCCUUUUAACCUCUUCAAUUGAUGAUCAGUCACUGUGUUAUACUGCUAUUCCAGACUUCUGUGAAUGUCUCCUCUGUGUCAGACCUAAAUAUUGUUAUGCACACACACACAUACAUACACACACAUACAUGCAUACAGACACAUUAUAAACAGGCAGAUAGAAAUUAUGAAGUGACACACCUUUAUUUUAAACCCCACCUGCCAAUAAUAAACUAGCAGUUUACUACAAAUAUAUUUUCCCUUUUUUUCUUCAUUUUUUUUUUAAGUUCAUCAGAAAAUAUUUUAGUUGCUGUCACUGUUUCCUAAGUAUUACAUAAAAAAUUAUUUUGUUGUGGUAGAAUUUUUUUUAGAUAAAUUUCUUUUUAUGUAAAUUAAUUUUA